AUGCGAGGACGACAUGCGCUCACCAUAGCACUGGUGGCGGUGAUUGGGACACUUAUGCUGCUUCGACACCAUGUUCGCGAUCUUUCAGAGGUCGCCAGAACCUAUGCGACAUUCUAUUCAUACCUGGAGCAGCAUCCGAAGACAUUGUUUCAAUAUCCUGCGCCAGCCGGUGAAUCGCAACGCCUACACACAGAAGAUGAGCUUGCGCCGCGAAUAAUACACCAGAUCUUCCUCACUGAAGGGCGUAAUUCGUCGAUCGCGAAGUACGAGCCGGGCAUCCGCAGUUGCCAAGCAGUACACCCAGAUUGGACUCACAAUCUCUGGACAGACGCCAAUGCGACAGCAUUCAUUGCAGAGCACUACCCAGGCGUACUACCUCACUACGAGGGUUAUAAGCAAAGUAUUCAGCGCGCCAACAUUCUGCGGUACGCGCUACUAGAUCACUUUGGUGGCGUGUACCUGGACGUGGACAUCACGUGUCUACAUCCUCUGGACGACCUUCGACAUGUGCCAUUCUUGACUCCUGGCGCAUAUCCGGCAGGCGUGAACAAUGCCUUCAUCCUCACGAGGCCACACCACGGCUUUUUGCAGCACUUGUUGGAAGGUGUGCAGAGCAGGGAUUUGUUUUGGGGCAUGCCGUAUAUCGAGAACAUGCUCAGCACGGGAUGCAUGUUUUUCUCGAACCGGUGGAUGAGCUACGCUCGGUCUCUGUCGGCAAGCUCGCCUGAUGCGGAUCGGCAGUUCAUUCUGGCGGAUGAGGAUGGCGACAUCGAAUCGCAUAUGCUACGAGGGGCUAUCACCACGCCUCUCUUCACCCACGGUGGCGCCAGUAGCUGGCAUGGAUGGGACGCCGCGGCGAUUGUCAUGAUCGGGAAGCACUAUUACUACGCCCUGGCUCUCGGGGGAUGCGGACUGCUCUUUGCCACGUUCGGGAUCUGGCGGUGUAUCUUCUCGCGAGCGAGAGGCGAACGCAGAUGGCAAGCUCUCAAGCGCCUUAGUAUGGACAAGUCCGACGAUAGGGAAGCAUUGGCUGGGUUGAAGGAAGGCUGA